AGCUCUUGGAGGCUGCAUGUUUCUUUCCCCACCUCGCAUUGUUGUCAAGUGGAGGUAGGAAGAAAAGAAGAAUAAAAGAGGAGGGCCAGAUAUCUGAGCUGGGUAGAGCCUUUUUACCAAUCACAGGGGUUACCCCACCUCCCAGCUCUUCUGUUUUCUGUACUAAAAAAAGUGCUAAACUGAAAAAUUGUAAAGCAGCUUCUGUUUUUCCAGUGAAACAUUUUCUUCAUUGAAAUGCUAGUGCUUGUGCUUUUCAAAUGCACAAAAAAUGGACAUUAAAAGAAAGAUCUGAGAAUGGUUUUGUUGUAAGGAUAUCCUGGCAGGAUGGUUCUUUGAGAAACUGUUAUUUUCACAGCUUGUUAAACACCUGUUUUUGCCACAUGCAAUCCUAAAGGAAAACCAAUCUCACAAAACAGCUCUUUUAUUCUCUGACCUCACAGAGGACUGGUUCUCUCUGGAAGAGUUACAGACCAGCAGGUGCAUGAUCAUGUCAGAUGAAGAUUGUCGUUCACCCAUUGGCCUGGACUGCUGCAGCUGUUGUCAGGACUUGGCCAACGGGUGUGAAGUAGUGGCCGGGGCUCGCGGCAACAGCAACCUGGGCAGUCCAACGGUCACUAACUUCCGGCAGCUACGGGACCAGCUCAUGUUUGAAAACCUAAACACAGACAAGCUGAAUAACAUCAUGCGUCAGGACUCCUUGGAAUCGGUUGUACGGGAUCCUUGCUACCUGCUCAAUGAAGGGAUCUGCAACAGCAACAUCGAUCAGACAAUGCUCUCCAUCCUGCUCUUCUUUCACAGUGCUUCUGGUGCAAGUGUUGUAGCCAUUGACAACAAGAUUGAACAGGCAAUGGAUUUGGUGAAAAACCACCUAAUGUAUGCUGUCCGGGAAGAAGUGGAGAUCCUGAAAGAGCAGAUUAAGGAGCUUGCAGAAAAGAAUAACCAGCUGGAACGGGAAAACAGCCUCCUGAAAAACCUGGCAAGCCCUGAACAGCUGGAGAAAUUCCAGUCCAGAUUGCCCUCAGAUAUACCCAUGACAUCUGAGGACCAGCCAGUUGUGGUAUCUGUCCAGAACUCCCCAGAAACGGGCGGCUCUGCAGUGUAAGUGGCUCUGUCUUGGGGCGGGCAGAGCCACUGUUCUUUAGAGAAAUUGACCUCCUUUGAAUUGUUGCACAACUACGGUGAGCUAGUUGUACAAAUGAAAUGAAACAGAUGUUCCAAAGACAUAGCCUGUUUUCUGUGUAUCAGACAAUCUCUAAAACAAAAGCAUGAUGCAAGAGAGAUUGCAUUGGGACAGUAAAGAGUCCGGUGCUGGGGGCCACCUUGUAUCUUUCACCUCUGAUGAGGGAGAGGAUAUGCGACAGGGCUGGCCCAGUGAACAGAGCCAGGAUGCCCUAGCCCUCCAUGCCGCAGAUUCAUGCCAAGGAAAUAACAUCUCCAGAAAGAGGACUACAAUUACACUAGUAACUGAAGUCUAUGGAUUUAUCACUUCCUAAGAUGCAGCAUUGUUAAUCGUAUUCUCACUCAGUGAAAUAACUAUUACCACGGCAACCAUCAUUCAAAGUUUUUAUUUUUAAUUCAGAACAAACAUUUAUGGAUAUGAUUAACCAGAUAAGACUCAACCAGGACUGAACGAUUCAGCCUCACUGUUAAUUAUUUUGUGAUUCUUUACCUGGUGUGUUGCUUGUAUACGUUGGAGUCAUCUUAGUGCUGCAUUUGGGAUUACAGAAUGAUUCCAUUUUUAAUUUUUGUGAAACGGGACAAUUAAUUUUGUCUGAGGAGCAUUAGCUGCCAUAAGUUAAUGUCUUGGGAAUUGAUCUAACAAAUUUGCAUAUCUCUGUAAAUUUUAAGAUAAUGUCAAGUUAGCAAAAUGUGGUUUGCCUGGUGGCUUUAUGUUGAGGACCUGAAACCAGUGCAGUGUGACAGUUGCACUCUUGAUGUUAGUCAUCAUUAUCAAAUAAAAACAUGCUUACUUGAAAAGCUAAGGUUAAAGAACAUUGUAGACUGUUAUCUGAAAAACCCCAUUUUCUAAUGGAAAAGUUGUAAUAACUACCAAAGACAUAUAGGAUAGUCUAGUAAACCAACAAGGAUCACAUCUUUAUUGUAUUCAGAUCAAGUCUUUAGACAUUACAGCGGAAUUGUUGCUCUUGUGUGUACUUGGGACUGACUCCUGGUAUUCACUUUGAUGUAUCAAUACAAGUUGCACAUUGCAUUAAACCUACGUUUACACAAAAACUGCUA